AUGUUGGAAGAAGAACAUAAACUUCAGAAACGACAACAACGAUUUAAUCAAAAAAUGGAUCUUGUUCUACAAGCAGAUCAAGAUUUAAAAAAUCAAACAACUCAAAUGAAUAAAUCAAUUUCAAUAAAAGAAAAUAGUAAUAAUGAACAACUGAAAUUAAAAGAAGGUUUCGAUGAAACUUCGAUAAAUCCUGAAUCUAAUGUCACAACGGAACAACAACUUUUUAAUAAGUUACUUGAUCCGAGAUUAUUUGAGGCAUUGGAAAGUAUGGAUAUAGAAAAGAUGAAACAAAUCUCUGCAGCUGAAUCAGCCUCAACUAAUGACCCAACCAAUGCCACUCAAGCUAAUCUAUUAGAAAAAGCAGGAUCAUUACGAGAAAUAGUUCGUGAUUUACAUAAAGCAGAUAAAGCUCAACUUGAAAAAGGAAUGUCAUUCUUACAAAAUAUGGGUAAAUUAUUCUCAAAUGCAGCAUCAAUGAACAAUGAUCCAAAUGAUCCAGAAGCACAGAAAUUAAUGACAACUCGUUUCAAUGAUCAAUUAACUCAAGGAUUAUCUAGUUUUGCUGAAGAUUUAUUAAAAAAUGAUGGGAAUUCAUUCAUAAAUAUGAUGGAAUCACUUUCGGAAUCAAGAACAGCAAGAGAGGAAUUAUUACGAGAAAAUAUCCCAAAACAGCUACAACAACAACCACAUCCACAUUCUAUAUCCCCAGUAUCCUCACAUCCAUGGGAAGAUGAAGACGAUGAUGAGCAUGUUUGUCAUCAUCACCAUCACCAUCACGACGAUGAUGACGAGUAUGAUGAUGAUGAAGAAGAAUAUGACGAUGAGGAUGAUGAAGAUGAUGAGGAUGAGGAUGAUGAUGAUGAUGAUGAAUUAGAUGACGACGACGAAGAAGGUGCAAGUGAUACCGAAUCGGAAAUCUCGGAAGAAGAAAAAAUGCAAGAAGUUCGUCGAUUAUUCCUUAUUCAAGUCAUCAAGUUAUUCCAAGAAAGGUUGAAGAAUGCAUAUAAAGAGAAAUUAUCUCAAGAUCGGACACAAAAAUUGAUUGAAGAAUUAGAAGCUGAAGAACAAGCCAAAAAGGAACGAGAAUUGAAGAAAUUGAAACAGAAAGAAAAAGCCAAGGAAAAGAAACGAUUACAACAAUUAGCCAAAGAAGAAGAAAGAAAGAAGAAGGAAGACGAAGAACGGGCAAAAGAAGAGGAAUUACGUUUGAAACAAGAAGCAUUAAGGGCUGAACAAAGAAGAAGAAAGGAAGAAGCCAGAUUGAAGCGUGAAGAAGAAAAGAAGAAACGGAUCGAGGAAUUAAAACGAAAGGAAGAAGAACAUAAAAAGAAAGUUGAAGCCCAAAGAAAACGUGAAGAGGAAUCUAAGAGAUUAAAAGAAGAACGUAGAAAGAAGGCCGAGGAGGAACGCAAACAAAAAGAAGAAGAAAAGAAACAAAAGGAGUUAUUAAGAAAACAAAAAGAAGAAGAGAGGGAACGGAUGAAACUCGAACGGGAAAAGCAACUUGCUGAAGAAAAAGCCAAACAAGAACAAGAAGAACAAGAACGUGCUGCCGCUAUGGAAUUGGCCAAGCAAAAGCAAUUGGAAGAAGAAGAAGCAUCCAAGAAUCAUUUAUUGAAUCAGUUAUAUCAAGCCAAACCUGGCGGUGGUUCUACCAUUUCUAGUGGCCAAUCUUCAAAUAUUUCCACAGCCACUGUUCCGGCUAUUAGUCCAUUAGAUUCAACCACUAUUUCAGGUAGUGGUCCACCUAUUCCACAAGUUGUUCCUCAAUAUGUACCUUCUGGGCCAGUUGAUCCGUUCAAUAAUGCCUUUAGUUCGAAUAAUCUAUUAUCUCAAGGAUUAACUUCUCCACCAGUCACAACUAAUAAUUUAGUCACGGGUCUUUCUGGAAAUCUUUCUGCCAAUCUCGGUGGUGUUGUCAAUCCAACAUCAACUCCUUCUCCUUGGGCAAGCAAAUCAAGACUUAGUUCAUUGUCCAACCCGGCAGCUUCUCAGCCAUUAUUCCAACAGCCUCCUCCAAUGGGUCCACUUCCGCCUACUUCUGCAACUGCUGGAACAGCAACGACAACUAAUUUCAGUCCAUUUUUUAAUGAUCCAUUGUCUCAGGAUGCAUAUUUACCUACUACAUUAAAUGCUACUACCAAUUUAUGGAAUUCUUCUACUUCAACAGUUGUAACUCCGACUACUGGACCUACUAGUGCUACAACGAGGACUAAUUCUAUUUGGGGAAAUGGUCCUGGUAAUGGUCUUGGUUCAGUUGCUGAAACUCCUGUUGUUCCUAUGAAUCCAGGUGGUAGUUCUGCGGCUACUGGUGGACUUUGGAAUUCUAAUCCAAACACCCCAACUACAAGUGGUCCAGGAUUGAGUACUAAUGAUAUUGAUUUAAUUCAAGCUACAACAUUUAGUAGUUUUCAAAUGUUACAAAAUUCAAAUCAAUUGGAAUAUGGAUAUGCACCAGUUGCGAAAUUAUUCAAUAAUGUGAAAUCAAUCUUGAAUUACCCGGGGCUUACACUUGCACAAGUGUUUAGUUGUUGGUGUCCUAAUGCAAUUUAUAAAUUUGAAUUUGUUUGGGAUGAGCUGGGAAAUGUUAGUCAUGUUCAGGUUGGAUUGACUGGGUUUACAAGAACUUCACCUCCUCCCCCACCACUUCCACAACAACAGCCUCCUCAGCAACAGCAGCAACAACAGCUGGUUGUUCCUCCUCCCGGUUUAUCGAAGACGUCUCCUUUGUUUAAUGAGGGUUCAUUGUUGAGUAAUAUUGGUAAUUUGAGUUCUGGAUCUCUUCAAACCACUGGAAUUGGAAAUGUUGGUGGUAGUAAUGGCGGGUUCGGCCUGCAAUUGGCCUUAUGGGAUACCGCAGGACAAGAAGAAUAUGAAAGAUUACGACCCUUGAGUUAUUUCAAUUCUCAUGUGAUCUUAAUUGCCUUUUCAAUUGAUGAGCCUGAUUCUUUGGAUAAUGCAAGAACUAAAUGGAUUCAUGAAGUGAAGAAAUAUUGUCCCGACACGCCAUAUUUGUUAUGUGGACUAAAGAAGGAUCUAAGAACUGAUUUGAAUGAUCGAAAGCGGUUUGUUCAAUAUGAUAUGGGAGAAGCUAUGGCUUAUGAAGUUGGGGCAAAGAAAUAUCUUGAAAGCUCCGCAUUGACUGGUGAAGGAGUUGAUGACAUUUUUGAAUUCGCAACUAGAACAAGUUUACUUUAUAAUGAAAAGGAGCGGACUGGAUGCUGUAGGAUACUAUAG